AUGACAACUAAGUAUGAAUUUGGCGGACCCUUUGGUGCUGCAGCCAUCACUUUUGGCUUGCCAUUACUCCUCUACUUCUUUGCAUUUAGCUGUAAUGAUGUGGCUGGUUGUCCCAUCCCUCUGUUUCUCACCCGCUCAGUGACCUGGACCAAUUUGAAAGCAGACAUGGAUCUCCGAAUUGGCCAUUUCAUCAGCUGGGAAGUUAUCAUGAUAACUAUCAUUUACUAUGUUUAUAGUCUCCUUCUCUGGAGACUUUUGCCGGCUUUGGAAGUCCACGGGACUAAAUUGGUGCACCAUGGGCGCCCGCUCGUAUAUCGUUUCAAUGCAUUCUCAGCAAGUGUAGUUACACUUGCAAUUGGUGCUGCUGGAACAUAUCUGUAUGGUGCCUCUUUCAUCAUCUGGACAUAUAUCACCGACCAUUAUGUGCAGCUUCUCACUGCGAAUAUCCUUAUCGCCUACACUCUCUCCGGAUUUUUGUAUUGCUACAGUUUCAGUGUGGACACAAAUUAUCCUAACCAAGACCUGCGCGAGUUAGCAGCCGGCGGGACCACAGGGAAUACCAUCUAUGACUUCUAUAUCGGCCGUGAACUGAACCCCCGCGUUAAUGUGCCCUUCUUUGGCAAAAUUGACAUCAAGACCUGGUGUGAAGUCUGUCCAGGUCUUACUGGAUGGUUCCUGCUUGAUCUUGCCUUUAUCGCCCAGCAAUACCGCUAUUAUGGCACCCUGUCAGAUAAUAUUCUCUUUACUACAGCUGUGCAGGCCUAUUAUAUCCUCAGCAGCCAAUACAACGAAUCCAGUAUUCUGACAAUGAUGGAUAUUACAACGGAUGGUAUGGGCUUCAUGCUGGUCUUCGGUGAUCUGGUCUGGGUGCCAUUCCUCUACUCGACACAGUGCCGCUACCUCGCCGCCUAUCCCUUGCAGCUGGGCGGGUGGCGGAUCGCCGGAAUGAGUGCUCUUUUUGUCCUUGGGAUCUACAUCUUCAAGGCCGCCAAUACCCAGAAGCAUGUCUUUCGGACUCAGCCAGACGAACCCGCUGUGGCUCAGCUUUCCUACAUCCAGACGGCUAGGGGUACGCGACUCCUGACAGCGGGAUGGUGGGGCACUGCAAGGCAUAUUAACUACUUCGGGGACUGGCUACAGGCCCUCCCGUUCAGCCUACCAACGGGGCUCGCAGGGUACCUCGUGCUCCGCUCAGCAGAGGAUGAGGAUGCAUCCUCGCCGGGCGCCAUCUCCCGGUCAGAUGGUUCGGUGGCGGUGCCUGGGCCCGCGGCCGGCUGGGGCAUGAUCUUCACCUACUUCUAUGUCAUCUACUUUGGAAUCUUGUUGAUUCACCGCGAGCGUCGUGAUGAUGCGAUGUGCGCAAAGAAAUAUGGAGCUGACUGGAGCGAAUACAAGCGCAAGGUCCGAUGGAGGAUCGUUCCGUGGAUGUAUUAA